GAAAAGAAUUUUGAUAAUAAUAUAUUAAGUGAAGAAAAUAUAGACAAUAAUAUGUUAAAUAAAGAAAAUUUGAAUGAUGAUAUUUUGAGUAAAGAAAAUUUGAAUUCUGAAGAAUAUUUUAGUGUUGAAAUAUUAAAUAAAGUUGAUAAUAUAUCGAGUGAAGAGAAUUCAGAAGAAUAUUUUGGUGUUGAAAUAUUAAAUGAAAUUGAUAAUAUGUCAAAAAAAAGUAAUAGUAUAUUUGUUGAAGAUA